AUGGCGAAGGUCUACCGCAUAACCACGUUUUUCAAGAAGCGUGCCGACCUUACGGAGGAUCAAUUUUACGACCACUGGGGAAAUGUCCAUGGCCCGCUCGUCAUCCCAUGGGCAAUGAAAUAUGGGUUUCUUGAAUAUACCCAAUACCAGACUCCCGCCGAACUACGUCAGAUAUUCGCCUCGCGGAUGGACCCGACGUUCAGCGCGGCGAUCCCAUUCAAUGCCGCAGCGGAUUUCUACAUCGACAGCUACGAGCGCUUCCUCGCGGCGUUCUCGGACCCGUAUUACAUAGAGGUGAUCGAGCCGGACGAGCGCAACUUCGUCGACAAGGGCCAGCUGGACAAAGACCAGAGCGACGAGGGUGGAGAAGGGCUAGCAGGGAAAAAGACGGUUGUUCGGGCGAUGAGCACGCUGGGCUACUGCAGGUCAAUGAUUCGGGACGGUAAAGCUGCUGUCGAAGUUGAGGACCGGGUUUGGAACAAGUUUACUCAAUAUCAGCAGAAUCAGGUUAAGGAGGCUGAGCGGGAUUAA